CCCAUUUCCGACAGCGCCAUCUAUUGUUGAUAAACAGAUCGUAAAACAUGUCAAAAUGGCUGCCAAUGUUUCAGAAUCACCAGGCCAGCCACCUGGAGAACAUGUCGCUGAAGGCCACUCACCAUCGGAACCGAAAUCAGUAGAAACAUGCGAGAAAUCCAGUGGUGAAAACAGCACUGUUGAGCUCCGUGAAAAACAAACCAAAGAAAAGCAGCCAACUCCAAUAAUAUGCAGUCCGUCAAAGUCAAAGCGUAAACUGGAUUCAUCAGAGGGACAUGACGACAGCACAUGUGAUCCGCAGCUGGAAAACUUGUGCCGCAAGAAGUUCAAACCUAUCGCUCCCAAGCCAACGGUCAAGAAGGACCACCAUCAAUCAGUUGUCACGGCAACCGUUCCCAUCAAGGAUGUAAAUCAUUCGGAUUUCGGCUCUUCCUUCUGUGUGACCAAAAGUGAGAGCAGGAAAGGAGCAGUCAUGUUUGUGAGUCCUAAAGUGCAACUGAUUCCUAGCGUACCAAUCAUAGCUCAUGCACCGGCGCUGAAUGGUGAAACGUUGUCCUCAAACGGCUCUCCAUUCUCGAUGACUGUUCCCCUGCUUCCACACGGCAAGUACCUGAAUAUCAUGAAUCCACCUGCACGGGUUGCAAUGACGGAUAUUGCUGGUCACUACAAAACAGUCGUUCAGCUGUUACCGAAUGGUUCCAGUCAUGGUUGUCUCCAGCCUACCAGCUUAGUGUCAACCAAGAGCAAUCUGAACAAAGCUAGUGUUUAUACUGGUUCUUCCAAAACAGCAUCAGUGAGAAGUGAACCCUGCCAGGGUAAGAAUGGAAUAUCGGCGAACAAAACUUCCAAAACAAAAACAGUAUCCAAACCCAAAGCAAGUAGAUACAAGUACAGCCUCCUGAUGAACGGAGGGUCUUAUGAUAGCAAUAUUGUAACAACUACAACUGCAUAUAACCCCAAACCCCAAACCUGUAUAACACCUGCGGUCUCCUUAAAUGGUGGUGUGCGACUUAACCUACCCGCCGUGUUAACAAGCUCAGGAAUCCUCCAGAUAACUGUCCCCAGUGUUGGCAUCGCUAACGGGCAGGUGCAGUUCUGUGAUGUUCCUCCACCUGCUGAUGUUGUACAUACUCAAUCUAGUGUUGCACAGACUACAACUAGUGUUGCACGGACUACAUGUACCACAGCACAGUCUGUUAAUGUACCAGGCAUUACACGUACAUUAACCUCCACAGUGCAGCCAGUGAUUACAACAAGUGCCCCAAUCACUUCAACUUCCAAUAGAUUAACUCAGUCUAAUGUAACUGAGCAAACCACUGUAGCCAACACAAAUGGCAUGUCUCUUGAUGAGACUCUCAGAGUUAUGCUUAGGAGCCCCAGAUCAAAUGUCUCCAAGGAUAGGCAGAAAGAAACUUGUCAAACCAAGAAAACGAAACCAAAUAGGACCGGUGCUUCCACUACCAAAAGUCGCAGCAAAGGACACAAGACACAAACAUCUGCAUCUCUUGCCUCUUCAGUGAGAGGAAGCAAUAACGCGCAUCGGAAAAGUGGUGGCAGAAGUGGGAUAGCUAAUUCUGUAUCCGGUCUUGUUGCAGAGGAAUUCCCAUCACGUCCUGUUGACAGUGUUCAAAGAACAGUACCGAGUGGAUAUGUAUCAGAACAAAGAAAUACCGGAGCGACUACAACAGGUCAGACUGUGCAAUACAGACAAGCAGAUAUCGGAGCAAAUACCACGACGGAAGAGAUAGCACUAGGCCAAGGUGAGAUACCAAAUCACAGGAUUCAGGAUGUUAGACCUUCAAGUAAUGUCGCAAAUUGUGACCCAGAGUCCACAGUACAUUCAGUAACGAGCUCAGUCUUGACAAGUACAAGUACCAGCGAUUUUUCAAAGCGACUUGUAGACACAUCAGUUUCUGCACCUUUGGCUUCUGAGGUACAUGAACCAAUCACCAAUAUGCCUUCGCAGAACCUUGACUAUGUAAGACAAUCCACUCUGCCAUUAAAUGUAAGUACAUGUACAAGCAAUAAUUUACCAAGCUCUAUCAGGACAGUGAAUGACCAGUGGCCGAGGACUAUCACAACUGCUCAAAGAGCCUCCAGUUUGCCAAAUUUUGCAACAGGACCCAGAGGCUUUUUCACAAGCACAACAACCGCACCGCUUGUUAUGUUUAAUGUUCCACAAGCAGUGAACUGUUUAGCCCAACAAGGACUCCAGGAUGGUGUUGCUGUUCCCUCAACAGUAAACUUUCAGCCUGUGCCAGCAUUGCCCAAGUCCUCCACUGUACAAUCUAUGCAAUCUAAGCAAACCACUAAUUUUGCAGCGACCCCCACCACGUUUGUUUCUCUUAAUCAAAGUGUAACUGUGUCGGAACCUAAUUCAAGAACAGUCUUCAGUUCUAGUACCUGCAGUGGUGUGAUUGGCAGAAACGCUCACAGUCACAUGCAUAGAAACUCAUCAGUGCUUCGAUCCCACGAUGGAGGUCAUCCUGGAUCAACUGUUGAAUCCUUGCAGAUGCCUAAUGAAACUAUCAGGCCUCAUGGUAACAGUCUAAAUUCUUCACAUCAAACAGCUAGUAACCAAAGACCACAUGCAAACUCCCAUACAGCGGUAACUUACUCCCACAACACAGUGACAUCAGUGCAGAGUGGAAAUUGUGGCUUCCCUUCGACCUUAAGUGGCUCCAGCAACACAACUGUGCCGCCAACCCUACCUACACCUCCUGUACCACAUGGAACCUACCAGCCAGAGGUCAGUAGACCAAGACUAGCACAUGAUUCUGGAUCAUCUGUUAGGGAUGAUAGAGGUGUUGUAUCAGCACGAAGGCAACUCAAGCUUCCUGAUGAAAAUCCCAGAACCAUGCAUUCUGAGAUAAAUGCUGGCAUUGGCAGUGUAGGACACAAUCAACCAAACAGUGGUUUACCCUCAGCGAUUACAAUACAGACUGAUCAUGAGCCUGUUGUGCCAAGACCGAAUGUGGAAACAUCAGUCCCAAGACCAAAUGGACUUCAUGCUACCUCCUUAGCAAAUGUGAGACCUGAGCAAAGCUUUUUCACUCCGCCUCUGCCUGUAGUUCCCCACCAUGCGGGCAUCUUAGCAACAGCAAUACUCCGAUCAAGAGCCCUUGAGAGGAAUCCUUGGGGAAUUCCUGGCCUGAAUGUGAGCACUCCCUCAGGUGUUCCUAACACUGGCCUAGCACAGCCAAUGACAGUGACCCCUAACACGAGUGCGGGAUUCUUCAGGGUCACUCAGGCUGUUAAUGCAACAAGUUCAACCACGACUAACAUGCAUCCUACAGAUCACAGGCUUCACUUAAGACAAGCAGCAGGAAUGCCUUCAUCUGUGGAAAGAUGCGUGGAUAGAGAAAUCCAGAACUGGCCUGCCACUACUGAAGGCAUUCUCACAAGACAGGAGGGAAACAGUUUGCCUGGAACACAAGCUACACAAUUACCUCUUGAGAGACCAGGAAGCAUGGUAGCAACCCCUCCUGGCUUUACUGGGGGUGGAAGUACAGAUCAAGGAAUCAACAAUCCUGUCACAACAGAAUCAGGAGAUCAGGUCCAAAACAUACAAGGCCAUGUUCAGUCAGUUCCACUUCAUAGUAACAUCCCACCUACUGCAAGAAACGCCGUGAAUGAGGCAUUGCAGAGACGAGCCAGGAACCUUCGUAUGCAUCCCCCGAGGUCAGAGACUUCAAGCUCUGUUGGCAGUACACAGAGUCACAUCAGCAGCGUGAUAGUCUCCUCUGUACAGGAGGGGAGCAUCUCAACUGGAACCCAACCGUCUCAUCCUGUUGCUGAUAGGACAGAAAUGACAAGUCAUGAUUCUCAGCAUGAAACAAGAGGGCAUCCUAGACAAGAGUCGCUAUCCCAUCAACAGCCCUCACAACACAUGCAUGCUGUAUCUAGUGCACGGGUGCCUUCAGAAUCCAUGUCUCAUCUACCAGUGCCACUGAUGCCGCCACCAUCUGUCUUGUAUGGAAGCUCCACUCCAGUGCCUAAUAUUUCCAUGACCCCUCUCCAUGGAGUGCCACUUCCAGGGUCUCUGUCUGCUCAUUCUGUCCAGGGACAUGGAAUGAGUCAUCAGCUCCAUGCCACACCACCACCCGCACCCCAUCAUGGGCAGGCCACAGGACCAAACCCACAGGCACCUGUUAAUCACAUGUUUGUACCCACCCCAUACGGACCUAUUCACCGUUCUCUUUACAUGCCACCACCAAGUCCACACCCUCCGGAUCUCAGUCUCAUGUCUCCGAGAUCCUAUGGGCAAGUCCACGUGCAUGACAGUGUGUUAUACAGCCCUCGCUUCUCAUCCCCAAUAAGGAACUUACCAGGAUCUAGCUUGGCUGAAGGAAUGUUUGGGACAGCAUUGUCAAGAAGCUUUUCCGAUGACCGACUGGACACAUGCUGUUCUGGCCCUUACUCUCACUCCCCACCGAUCCAUGACAAUUCAGGUCACAUGUUCCCACCCGGUUUCAUGUCGCCAUCGAUGAUGAACAGAAAUCAGCCAGCUUUACAAACAAGUCUAUGCAACUCACAUCAGCGGCUGUUCAAUCAUCGUGGCCAUCAAGGCACACCUGACAGAUAUCCUGGCCCAUUCUUCCAUGAUGGCAUGAGACAACCAGCUCCUCAUCAAAACCAUGCACCUGUAACACAGGCCAGUAGCUUCAACCCUACACCCAGUGCAGUAGUUGAUACAAGUAACUCUCUAGACUCUAGUGUUUUAGUAAGUGUGGCAUCUUCAUGUAUUCCACCACAGCAGACGAGUCUUGGGAACUCAUUGCCUGUGAGCACACUCAGUCCAACGUCCUCAUCUACAUCAGCGACAACUCCAGGAAGCACAGCAUCCUCAAGCGUGAGUGAGAACUCAGCAUUGCCACUAACACCCACUAGCUCUUGCAGUACCACCCCAGUCAGAGUGCUCAACGUAGGAAACACAAGUGAUAAAUACCUUCCUCUGGAGCUUGUAGUGUCAUCACCGCCCACAACAGUCACCACAUCUGCAUCAGUGACCACACUCCCCGUACAACUCGGCAGUGAGCAGAUUGUCAAGUUUGGUGACGUCAUGCUGGAAUGCAGUCGCCAGAUUCUGAGGGAAUCCGGUCGCACAGUGCUCUGCUGCUGGGGUUGCGACUAUCACACUGCCGAACCCAAGAAAAUGUACAGGCAUCAGCGGCGUGAUGAACAGCCAAUGAAAUGCCAGCUUUGUAGUCACAUGGGUGUCUCUCGUUGUCAGCUAAAUCAGCAUUUUAAGGAUGUUCACAUGGAUAAAGAUGAAGACCCAUUUAGAACAUCUGCUGUGCCAUGAUGAGCCUUUGUCCAUUAUCGUCACCUAAGCAUGCGUUUCAAGAAGUAGUUAAAAAAAACCUGAUAAGUUGAGAAACCAGAGACAUUAUCUCAUUUGUUUAUGUUCCUUUGGAUGAACAAAAGGUUUACUGUACAAGUCCUGUGUUAGUAGUUGAAGUUCUGUAAAAUUUGCAUGUACCAGCACUGAAGAUUUUAUAAGCCAUUCAAGAUCAAAUGUGCCCCAGAUCAUUUCAUAUACUUUCAAGGCUUAUUGUAACGAUUUAGCAACUUUUUUUUGUUUUUGAAAAUGCAUAUCAAAUAAUAUUCAGAAGUCUACUGUAUACUUUCUUUAAUGUAUGCUGUCAUGCUUGCACAAACUCAGUCCACAAUGAAAUUGUUUCUAAUAGGGAGGGAAUAGCUACAGGUGGUUUAUAUGACUCUCACAAUAUGUAGAGCCUCCCCCUCACCCCUCCUCAGUCCAGAUUUCCGAAGGUUUGUGAAUUCAUGAAACAAAUCAGGCCCUUGUGUUUGGUUAGUAACCAAAAAAUGAUCCCUCCAAAGUUUCUGCACACUAGCAUUUAUUGAAAAAUGUAUAAGAUGUAUCUUACAUGCUCAACAGUUUAGGGGUCUGUAGUUCUUAAAAGCUGAAACAAUUCUGAUAAACAUUCAACACAAAUUUGAUCUUGAAUUAAUUGAUUAAAACAACCUUUUUUUCUAAACAUAGACUUUUCAUUACCCGUGAAUCGAUAUUCAAAUUUUUUUCUAUGGCUGUUUUAUAGGAAAGAACGUUUCAUGAGGAUUUUCUGGUACUUAACCAAUGUGUAUAUGUACAUGAUCUGUUUUAAAUUUUCUUUAACUUUGUGUAAUUAUGUGAUUUUUUUGAAAUUUUAAACAUAUAAUUAAAAGAGGCAGCUGAAAUAGUUUUAAUAAUUUAUAUUCAUUACUUUUCUGUAAUCAAAACUUUUGAAUCAAAUUGUACAUACUGAUUAAUCCAAUACCAUGUAAGAAAUGGAACAAAAAAGAGUAUUUAUGCACCAAACCAAGUUUGUAUUUUUCAUGUUUGUUGAUAUUUUUUAUCUUCUGAAGAAGAGUUUUUAGAACAAAUUGUUUACUCCUGUUAAGCUUUUUCAUACAAAAUGUACACAUGUAAAUUGGUUCGUUUUCUUUUUUUUAUUGUUAAAAGUUCAAAUUGUGUGGUUCAAUUCAGCCAUUGUUGUCUGGGUUCCACAAGUUCAAGACAUUGCUCAUAUGAAGUUUGUUCAAGUAUCGUUGGCACCAGCCUCAUUUAGGCGUCAAAGACUUCAAGAUGAUAAAACCAAGCUUACUCAGGGGUGAGGGGUGUGAGUGGCCACUGAUAAAAAUAGCUGAAAACAGCUGAAAAAGGUGUAAAAAAAAGCUGAAUUUGGAAAUCUCUAUAUAUACUUUUGUAUACAGCAAGUGAGCGGAAAAAAAGCUGCAAUCAUCUUUAAAGCUGAGAUUUCACACCUCUGUCAGCAGCAGAAACCAUCUACUUAAAGACUUUGUGGAAUGAUGAAUGAAAGAGAAAGAAAGAAAGAAAGAUUUACAUGCAAUUACAUGGAUCAGACUUUAUUAAGUGUUGUGAGAGAAGUGGUGGAAAAACUUUGAGCAUUUGAUUUAUUUAGUGUGCAUGUAUUUGGGAGAUCUCACAUCCUACAUAACAAAAUUUAUCCCGUUUUUAAUAUAUUUUGAUAUUUGCGUUCUACUUCCAACAAGUAUUGUACAUGUAGUUGAGUCCAUCACAAGUCCAUCACAACUCAAUCACAAGUCAUUUGGUCUCAAGUCGUGGGAGUUUAUACAGGAGGCCAGAAACUUUGUUCAUCCCUUAUUACUUGUGACUGGACUUGUGAAAGACUUGUGAUGGGCUCGACUAAUUCAACACUGCUUCCAACCUUAGAUGCAGAUAUCACAUUGGUUCAGAUUCUGUUAGAUCCCUGACAUUUCUCUCUGCAAAAGGCAUGUUACAAAUUGCUCCCUCUUUGUCCGAUGCAGACUGUGUGGAAGUGCAUUAAAAGAAGUCAUAUCCAGAAUUUCAGAAAGAGA